AAAUCUUUGUCCAGAAAACACCCCAGUACUCCUGGGAAAUGAAAGACACACCACUGUUACCUUUUUUGUUGAAAGUGGAAUAAAUUAUUAUGUCACUUAAAGGGAACUGUGUCUUAAAGAAAAACUUAACCAGCCAAUUAGUUAUAUUGUAUAACUGGCCCAUCACAGAAUCUUAUCACAUAAGGAUAUAAAUGUCAUAAAUAUUUUCCCUUUACAUAUUUUACUGUGAGCUGCCAUUUUUGCUCGCUGAUCAUCUGAUGGCUAUGAACAAAUACAGGAAGUGGAAGUACCUGAAAUGACUAAGCGUUUGUGUGUGUGAGUGCUAGGCUUGUGUGAGAGCUCACUGAGGAAGUACAAGUAACAAGACAUGAAAUAUCUCAAAGCUGAGUGGAUGAUAAAGGUGGAUAUUAAUGUUCAAAUAUCCCUAGAUAUCCUGCUCCAGCCCAACACACACACACGCUGCAUCCGUCUGAGCCAAAAAUCUGCUGCUAAAAUGUGAGACUUUUACCGAGGUUUUUUCUUCUAGAAUGUGCUGCUACCGAUUUGUGUCUGUGAGCUCCACGACAUUAAGGGUACUUAGCCUGGAGAUAAAUGUAAGAAGCGUUCUUUUCUCUAAAUGUUCCGUUGGCAUAGCGACUGCCGGAUAAUGUGCCGUGCCAAUCUGAAAGGUGCUGCAAGGUGCAUAUUAAGGUUAUUUUAUUCUUUCUGGCGCUUGUUAUCAAAAAGGGGCUAAUUAGCCGACCCAUUUAUAGGGUGAGAUUUCCUGCAACACCGGAGAGUAAUUACUGUGGCGCGUUAAUCGAUACAUUUGGUAUUAUCAGGUUUGAGAGAUGCCAGCGGAGUACAGUGCCUGUGCCCGGUGCCAUGACAACUUGUUUAAGAGAGAAUUCAACACUAGAAUGGAUUGGUGAAUUCAGGAAGCAAAGGGAUAACAAAUGCUGAUUUCAAAUAUUAACACCCGUUUCCUGUAAACUGCCAUCUGUGUUCUAGUUCCGCCCACUGCUUGAGUCACAGACUUCCUUCUCCUCCCCAGUAUGUUGACUUCAGAAGGGGUCACUGCUAUUAUUCCAAACACCACUUUCAGUUGGGUGAAUGACUGGUUGCUAUAGGUUACUGCACAGGUGCACAUUUGCACAUUGUUUAUGCAGUAGAGUUCUAGUCCUGCCUCUUCUUCUGUAAACUGCAAUCAGAUGGGUUUAUGUAAUAAAUUGUUCAAAGUUUGCUACAGGUCUAGUUACCUGUAGCAACCAAUCAGCAGGCAGUCUUCCUGCCCCACCUCCUAUAAGCCCAGCCUACUGUUUGCAUUACUGACUCCCUGCUCCGCCCCGUAUCUCUGACUUUUACCUUGUAGAUUAAAGGACAACUUAAACCUCAAGAAGAAUAAGGCUAGAUAAUGCUGUAUUUGAUGAAAUAUUUGUUAGGAAUACUGGGAGUUAGGCAGCAGUAGAUCAUUCUGAAGGCAUCUGACAGGGCAUUGGAAUCACAAAUGGUUGCUGGUUGCUAGGGGUCCUGGUUGCUGGGGUCACUGGCCUGGGUCAGCCAAGUGCAUGUUACAUUUUAGAUUGACAAGAGGAGCAAUAAACAGGUAGAAAAGUGCAAAACCCAAUAUAUAAUAUAAAUGUUGUACAUGCAAAAGGCCAAAUUCUUGGUUCUUUAUUUUGCUUUGCUAUUUAUAUACAGUAUAUAAAAUGUUUAAGUCACAGAAAACAACGCAAUUUUACAUGUCGCCACCAGGACGAGAAAAGUGCUUGAUCCCCCAGGUCGUGACUGUCGUUUUUUGGUUGUUUUUUAAUAAAGGCAAAAUGUACGGAUUCAGUUCUAUUGAGAGAAGACUAAGGCACCAGGCAAGAAAAGAACUUUAUGCUUACAAGCAGGUGAUUUUAAAAGAAAAAGUAAAAGAGUGGAAUCUGUAUGAGAUCUGUGCAGUGUGUUUGGAGGAAUUUAAACCCAAAGAUGAAUUGGGAAUAUGCCCGUGCAAGCAUGCCUUUCAUAGAAAGUGCCUCAUCAAAUGGCUGGAGGUGCGAAAAGUCUGUCCUCUGUGCAACGUGCCUGUCCUCCAGCUGGCACAGCUGCACAAUAACCAGGAACACGGCCCCCCUCAAGGGCCCCUUCCCGGGGCAGAGAACAUUGUAUAGCUCUCAGUCAACACCCUCCAGGGUCCCCUACGGGCAGAGCCACAGAUCUCCCGGCCGUCUCCAACACUAAGUCCCUGUGAGGCGCUUGAGCUCAGAUGUGUUGGACUCUAGAGCAGCCAAAGCACUUUUGACGCCAGCUGAAGGAAGAGCGACGUAUGAUGGAGCAGCAGUAUUGGCCUUUGAAGAGCACUUUACCACAUUUGAACUGAGACAUUUGUCACUGAUUCUCCUUGUUUUUCUUCUGUUUCUCACUUUUUGACUGGAAGCUUCGCUGUGCCACAAGGGAAAUC